AUGAAAAAGCAUACUUAUAUCCAUACAGGUGAAAAGCCACACAAGUGUACGGUGUGCGGUAAAGCGUUUUCGCAGUCGUCGAACUUGAUAACGCACACCAGAAAACAUACUGGUUAUAAGCCGUUCGCAUGUGAUGUUUGUGGAAGGACGUUUCAGAGAAAGGUGGAUCGUCGUCGGCAUCGUGAAACACAUCAUCCGUCUGAAUCCAACGAUGAUCAACCGGUGCUUGAUUCGAGUCCACUGAGUGACAGUUCGUCACAGCAGUCCGUGAAAUCUUCAUCAAGACAACAGCAUUCCGCAGAGAUACUCGAUAGAUUAGGGUUACCGGCGUUAAGUGAUCUUAGCUCAAAAUUGGUCACUUUCGAGUCAUCAUGCGAAGACGUCAACGAUGAAGGAGCAUUAAACCUCAGUUCGAAGUCAUGA